CCCACGAAAUCUCAUUUUGAAUCUAUAGAAGAAAAAAAAUCCAAACUCCAAAAAAUCAUAAUUUUGUUGUCUCAAUCUCUCAAAAACCAAAUCCGAAACAAAAUCACCAACAGAAAAGGGAGAGAGAAAAUGAAACUUCCAUUUCUUUACAAGAACAUUUCUUCAACACCUAAUUAUUCCUCUUCUUGUUCUUCAUCCUCGUCAUCAUCUUCUUCUUCUUCAUGGCCAUGGCCUUCUUGUCAUCAAAACCCUAAAACCCUAUCUUUCAGAAACACCGCUACCAGUAAAAACCCUAAUCUCGUCAAUGAUGAAACCGAGCUCGCUCCCGCGACUUUUUCCUCCUCCGCCGCCGCAUCAGAGCCUCCGGAGGAGCCAGAAUCGAUCGAAAAUGUUAUCGAGAGGCUAAAAUCGUCCAAAAGACUCAUCUUCGGGCGAAAAGGAGAAUCGAACUCGAUUCUUGAAGAAGCAAAUAGACCAAGAAAUGGUUUCAUGCUUUUAUCAUUGGAAUCAAAUGACCCUUAUGCAGAUUUCAAGAGAUCAAUGGAAGAGAUGGUUGAAACACACAAGCUGCAUAAAGAUUGGAAAAGUCUCGAGAAGCUUCUCUAUUGGUUCUUAAGGGUCAAUGCGAAAAGUAGCCAUGGAUAUAUCUUCGCUGCCUUCGUUGAUUUGCUCGUUGGAUUAGCCCUCAAGGGUCAAAACGACGUUGUUUCGAGCUCGACAGCUACAGACGCUGUUACUGUCACCGUUACUGAAACGAGUUCUACUUCAUGUUCUUGUUCAAACGAUGAAGGGAAUCCGAAUCACGCCGGGGAAUCUCCGUUAUCACCGUUGUCGUUCUAUACAACGUCGUUUUCUUCGGAUUCCGACGAGACUUCGUUGUCGCGUCCGGUGCCACGUGUCACAGAUGAGAUUAGUAGGGUUUAUUGUUUAUCGUCUUUGUUAGAAAUGGAAGAGAAGAUUAAAGACAUUGAUGUGGAUGAUUAUGUUUCUUGUUGAUUAAAUCUUUUUUUUUUA